UGUACUUCUGCACUUUGUGACUGCGUUUAUAAAUACUUACACGCAACAGUAAACUGCAGUGUUUCAUCAAUUAUCAUCCAGUGUAGUGACUGAUUUACCGAUUUGGUCGGAUUAGUUUUGAUCUUUUUCCAUAUUUUAAGUACCUACCUAUGCUUUAUUUUAAAGACACUUAGUUUUGGAAAACAGCUAGUAUUUUGCAAAUGCUGCAGCAAAUAAUAUCGGAUCAUGCACCUGCAGAAUGGUCUAAUGUCAACAUAUUCAACUUUACAACUGACUACAACCUAAUUGGUAUCCAUAACACGAGUGAUGAGUUUCAAUUCUGGGCACGGAAGGUCUCUGGCGAUUUCAACCUGGGCGUUACUGACAUUUAUAAACUAGAAAACCCAUUUCUAUAUGCUCAGUAUCUAUUAAAAAAAGAAGAGUACGAAGUAAUAAAAAGUACCCGCGUGUUAGAAUUAUUUCACGAUACUGCAAGAGAUAAUGUGUCAUCUAUUGCUAGCGGCAAUUUAAACUGGCGAUUAUCUAGACGAGUAAAAUUUGGCAAAGGUGUCAGUUUUUCGCCCUUUCCAAAGUACGCUAACAGCAAAUCAUCGUGGAAUAACCGUAAACAACGCGUAAUGAUAAUUGCAGAUGUACUCGUCGGCAAGAUUGAACCAGUUGAUAGCGAUGUAAAUCUACCAAAAGAUGACAAUGAUACUACUGUGGGAAAUAAGGGAAAGGUUUACGUCAAGUAUGAUGAUAACGAAUUUUACCCAAAGAUUUUUGUGUAUUACAAUAGCAGAUAUGAUUAUGGUUAUUAAAUUGUAUUGUUUAUGAUGUUACGCAAAUUGUAGGUAUUAUAUUUUUAGGAAUGUACCAAUAAUUAUUAAAUUCUUUUGGAAGUUUCUCAA